AUGGAGCCCUAUCAAAGACAAUUCGAAAAUUGGAAGAACAAAUGGGAUGAGAAAGUUGAGGUCCUAUCGAUGAGAGAGCGCGGAGAGGACUGGGGCGAUAUACUGGCUUUAUUUUCAAGGAGGGGAGUGGUAAAGAAAAACCGAAGAUCUUGGUAUCACGACCAAAGGAAGGUCAUUGAAGCGAUACAGAGAAUAGCCAGUGCAGCUGCGCACGAUACUUUUAUGCAAAUAUUUCGCAUGGAGGAGGUUUCCUCCAUUUGCCAGCUACGCUACAUCGACGAGGCGACUCUUCAGCAAGACUAUGAUGACACAUGGAGACGCAUAGCAGAAUCGAUGCAAAAUAAUGAAAGAGAUGGGAAAUGGACGGCACAAAAGGUCAAAUAUGCAUGGUAUCAUGGCGUCUCGGAUCGCUGCGAAGUCAAUCUAGAACCUGUUCCUUGGUCGGAGACAGUUUAUGGUUUUUUAGCAUAA